AUGACUUCCAACGACGACAAAAACACGCAGGCCGCGGGGCCCCCAUCCGUCAUCAAUGCGGGCCUUUUCCGCACCGGCACGGCCUCCAUGGCCGAAGCCUACCGGAUCCUAGGCCUGCGGCCGCACCACGGCCUCGACCUCAUGGACUACCCCGAGCACUGGGUCGAGCUAGAGCGCGCCGCCGAGGGCACCUGGCCCGACGUCCCCGGCGCCCGCAAGCCGCCACAACAGCAGCCCUUCACGCGCGCCGACUGGGACCGCGUCUUCGGCGCCUACGACGCCAUCACGGACGUGGGGUCCACCUUCGCCGAGCAGCUCGUCGCCGCGUACCCGGAAGCCAAGGUCGUCGUCGUGGAACGCGGCGACGCCGACCGCUGGGAGGCCAGCUUCGAGUCGCAGAUCCUGGGGCCCAUCUGGGGGCCGCUGGGCCAGCUCAUGUACCACGCCGUGCUGCCGCUGCUCGGCAACCGCGCCGUGAGCGCCAUGCGCAAGAUCCUGCUCGGCGCGUGGGGCGCGCGCGACGUCGCUGGGAUCCGGAGGAACGCGAAGGACGGGUAUGUGGCGUAUUACGCGAAGGUCAGGGAGGCCGUCCCGCCCGAGAGGAGGCUGGAGUAUAGGCUGGGGCAGGGCUGGGAGCCGCUUUGUGCGUUCCUGGGCAAGGACGUGCCGGACGUCGAGUUCCCCUGGGUCAACGAGUCUGCGGCGCAUUCGGCGAAGCAGCAGGAACAGGUGUGGCAGAUUUUUGGGCAGUUGGGGGCCAAGUUGAGGCCGUGGUGA